AUGGAGGUAGAUCCGCGUAUAGGCAGUCAGCCUAUUUCCUCUUCAGAAAGUGGGCAAGGGGCCGUUAUUGCCGUCCGCGCAUCGACAGCCCCUGUCCCUCCUUUGGCGAAGAAACGUAGAGGGAAGAAGAAACUACCUGAGGAUACCACAUUGAUUCCAUGCUACCUCCAAGAUUUGCCGCUGGAAAUCCUAGCUGAGAUCCUAUCUUACGCGAGCUCUCCCAGAGACGUUAUCUCGCUCGCCCGAUGCAACAAGUUCUUCUGCCAUACACUGGUGAACAACCCCGAUACGGCUUUCAUUUGGAGGCGUGCACGCGAAUGCUGUCAUCCCAUGGCGAUAAGUAGUCGACAAAGAUCCGCUCCUGACGUCGCAUCUGCCAGAAUUGUGGCAAGAGGACCAAAGAGCCGUAUUAUUCAUUCACUACGCGGAUACGUUUUUGCGAUAAGGGGACAGAAUAUCCGCGCGAUUGACUCAGCGGUUGAAGAGCGCUAUAAAGAUGUCGUGGCGUGGAUACCUCGACUGGAGCAACCCGUCGUGGUCGACAUAUACGCUGAAUUUACAUUUAUGAUAUUCAGUCAAUCAAGUCGUGUUUGCGUUAGGAAGACGGAUUGGGAGCAGGCAGUGGACGAGCUCAACAGGGUUUAUAUAGCUGGGGAUCUUGAUGCAUACCUCGAAGAGAAACAGCGACUCGCCGACCGGUUACCUGUCAUUAUGGAGCAUGCCAACACGCUCCUAACUUGGCGGAACGACCGUCUAAAGUCAACCAACAUCACCAAGAAGGCCAACAAAGAUUUUACAAAGUCGUAUGCGAUGCGCAUGGGAUGGUCUAUGUAUGAGCUACUGCAAACGCAAACCUAUGGCACCUUGUUUUGGUCCAGACUCGCGGCACUGGAGAAGAUCACCAAGGGCGACAUCGAGCCGAUCCAUGCAACGCUAGAAGCAGAGAUCAUCGCCAUUCAAGAGCAUCGCAAGCGCAGCAUCGCCGAGCGUGCGUACCAAUCACGACGUGAUGACGUUGAGAAGCACUACGACCGCCUCAAGUCUGCGGACGCGAAUCAGGUGCUUCCGACGCUCCCGGAGUUCCGGAAGCUUUCUGUCAUGAAGGUCAUGCAGGAGCGCGCCCCGGACGCGACCGACAUCUCAAAGGAUCUCCGAAAUUCACCGCUGAUUGACAAGCUGCUCAAGGAGGACCUGGAGCGGUGGCGCGAGGGCGCGCGCGCGGGGCUUGCUGCUGUGCUGGGCUUUCCUGGGUGGCGGACGGCGAGCAAGAAAAGGCUGCAUCCUGUCGAUCGCUUGACCGCACGGUGUCCCCAUCUGGACAAGAAGCAGCGCGCCAGGGAGGAGUGGAAUCCACACAAGUUCGAGCCGGACACAAAGGUCAUCCAAGCCAUAGAACAGAUUCUGAUACGGCUGGGAACAACGGCAGAAGACCCAGCAUCGCUGGAUGCUGUUAAGGAUGUCGGCACGCGGCUCGCGUGCGUCGCAUGCCCACACUCCCUCCGUAUGGACUUCAAUAAUGCCGUUCGGCAUUGCAAGAGGCACGAUCAACCUAGAUUUGACCUUGUGGAUGAGGACCUUGCGGAAGUAGCAGAUGGGGAUGCCAUCGAGCUCGGCCUCGUUGCCGAGGUCAUGGGCAAGUCCAAGGAGGCCCAGAAGCGAUGCGGCCUGAGGAUCUACGGUUGCAGACAUUGCCGUGCAAUGCAAGCAAUGGCCGCUGUUGUUGCGUCCGCAUCUGGAGAAUCCAAUUCUGAGCAGACCGACAACGAACAGACCGAUGAACAGACAGGCACCGCACAGACCAGCACAGAGGCCACAAAGACAACAAAGAGGAGGAAGAAUGGGGUGCCCGAGGCGAAAUUGUUCAGUUUCAAUGGACUACGAUCGCAUGUGAAAGAGAAGUGCGAAGUCCUAUUGCUCAGUGAAGAAGCCUUACUGACGCCGCAUAUUCGCAGGCAUGGUAUCACUGAGAUUGGAGACGAAGAUGUAUUCUGUCAGAAAGAUUCAGAGACCGCGUGA